CCGAGAAGGCGCUUUCAAUGUGAGCCGUAUGGUCAAGCGAUGGGGGCUCCUUCGGCUUCUCGGUGUCGCCUGCGUGGACCUCGAUUAUUUGGAGAUCGGGACCGCAGACUUCGACACCUUGGCGCAGCAACUGCAGACCACCGAGGCAAAGGGCCUCUCAGUGGAGCCGGUCGAGGAGCACUUCCUGCGUCUGCCAUCGGCGGCGAGCCGAUGGAAGCUGCAGGCGGCCAUCGCGGAGGAGGACGGAGAGGCAGAGCUUUGGAAGGUCCGCAGCGAGUACAUGGAACCCCAGUGCAGCGCAGCUACGGUGCAGAAGCUGGGGCUUCCCUACUGCCUGCCCUGGUGGUUCAGGGCCACGGCGAGCCUUCACCGCCCAAACGCGCUGGUGGAGACGCACUUAGGGCCAAAGCUGGCGCUGGACGCGCAAGAGGUGGUGAAAGUGCCCACCCUGCGCUACGCCUCCCUGCUGCAGCGCUACAAUGUCACCAGCAUCCACAUGCUAAAGGUCGACACAGAGGGCUUCGAUGUCUUCAUCUUGAAGCAAGUCCUUCGCCACGGCGCGGAUACGGGGCACUUCCCCGAGCGCCUGCAGUUCGAGCGGAACAACCUCACGGAUGACCAGCAGCUGGCACCUCUCUUUGCUGAGCUGCAGGCGAGCUACGACUGUUGGGCGCCGCAGCUUGAGGAUGACGUGCAUUGCAUGCGCCUUGGGGACGUGGCGCCGGGCCAACCGGUGGCGGCGCACGGCGCAGGGGGCUGGUGGCGCGUACAGCUGCCUGAGCGGCUGCAGGUGGCGCGGGUGGAAAUUCCAGAUGUGCCGGACCUUUUGGAGGUGAGGGUAGGCGAUCACCCGGAGAUUUGGAGGAACCCUCGAUGCCACCCUCUACGUUGCGGGCUGGCGGGGCGCUAUGUGGCGGUGAUAGGGGCAGACGUGCAGCAGGUGCAGGUCUAUGCCCCUCGCACCUCUCUGGGCGCUUUUCGCCUGCUGUUGGGCCGUGUGUGUUGCCACAGGGGCUGCGGAGGCUCAGAGCCGCUCUUCCAGGGCUAUGAGCCUCGCUGCGAGCAGCGCUGCCGAAAGGACGACUCCUGCCGCUUCUUCAGCACCUGGUCGUCUCUGUGGUGCGCCACCUACGCGGACUGCGACGAGGACCUCGUGGCCCCCGCGGCCGUGGCGCUGGGCUUUUCCUCGCCGCUGGCCGUUGGGGAGGCUAUGACGUUUGGCAUCGCGGCGAAGGAUCUGGUUCCGGUCCCGCUCUCGCAGGCGCGGCAGUCCAGCGAGGACUGGCAGGGAUUAGCCUCGCGCGCCAUCGACGGGAACUUCGAGCCCCACUUCCUCCGCGGCAGCUGCAGCCACACCAAGCAGGAAAGCGCCAACACCUGGUGGGCAGCAAGGCUGGCUUUCCCUGUGGCCGCCGUCCGCGUCCUGGGACGUUGGGACUGCUGCCAUGAGCGCUGGGAGGGCGGCUGGCUGCUCACCGUGGGGCAGGCUUCGAACGCUGCGGACAACCCGGCCUGUGCUCCCCGGCAGAGGGCACUGGCGCCGGGCGCGCGGCGCUUCGUGCGGUGCGAAGGGGAGGGCUAUCUGGGCUUGGUGCUGCCCAGCGGCGAGCCAUUGACCAUCUGCGAGAUCGAGGCCUUUGCGCACUUCCGCUGGUAGCUCCAAAGCGAUGCGCCAGAAAGCGCGCGGAGAAGCCCAAAGAGCGCGUCUCAGUGCGCAACGCUUGCCUCG